AAAACCGGCCGCGUUUUGAGUAGUAGCAAAGCAGUUUUUAUGAGUUGACUUGUUUCGCCGGAUCCGACAUUGAAACAUUGACGCAAAAUGGAUUACGGAGCAAGUUCACCGGUAUGCCCGCAUCCAUUCGUCGGUGGUCUUCAAAUGACGCAUGUUUGUAGUGCAAACAGUGUUGCCAUUUUUCUCACCGUCUUCAAUAGUCUGGUGAGAACAAGCCCGAAAAUCGGUGAUCCAUGCGGCCGAAUACAUCCGACAGAAAAUCCAAAGUCCAGUUACGAUUUCAUCGUCAUAGGAGGGGGUGCUGCAGGUGCUGCAGUAGCAGCGAGAUUGAGCGAAGUCCCAGAAUGGAAGGUUCUGCUCUUGGAAGCUGGACCUGAUGAACCAUCUGGUACCCAGAUCCCAGCCAACUUCGGAGUUUUUCUAAGGACCCAACUUGAUUGGCAGUUCAAAACGAGUGACGAAAAGCAUGCUUGUCUAAAGGAUAAUGGUUCGUGUCUCUGGCCAAGAGGUAAAAAUCUCGGGGGUACAACUGUUCAUCAUGGGAUGGCUUAUCAUCGUGGAAACGCCAAAGAUUAUUUGAAUUGGGUCGAAAUGGGAAACGUCGGGUGGUCCUGGAUCGAUGUCCUUCCAUUUUUCACAAAAUCUGAAAACAACCAAGAGAUCGGUAGAGUGAGUCCGGUGUACCAUGCCACCGGUGGGCCCAUGACAGUGGAGAGAUUCCCGUGGCAGCCUCCUCUAGCAAAAACAAUAUUGGAGGCGGCCACUGAAACCGGUUAUGGGGUGACGGAAGACAUGACCGGCUCGAAGAUCACCGGUUUCACGAUUGCUCAGACGAUGAGCAAAAACGGUGUGCGUCAAAGUUCAGCAGCGGCGUACUUACGACCCAUCAGAGAUCGAAGCAAUCUUCAAAUCGCGUUAAAUGCAACAGUGACGAAAAUCGUAGUGCGCAAGAAGGUUGCUCGGGCAGUUGAGUACAUCGUGAAUGGUGUGAAGAAGACUGCCAACGUGAAUAAAGAAGUUGUAGUUUCCGGAGGUACCGUUAACUCCCCACACCUGCUGCUUCUUUCGGGAAUCGGUCCGAAGGAGGAUCUCGAAAAAGUUGGUAUCCAAGUGGUCCAUGAUUUGCCUGGUGUCGGGAAGAAUCUUCACAAUCAUGUGUCUUAUGGGUUGGAUUUUAUCCUGGACGAUUUUCGAAAAACGAGUUACGAUUAUGUAGACGUCGACAGAUAUUUGUUGAAUCAAACGGGACCACUUUCGUCGACCGGAAUGGCCCAAGUUACCGCAAUUCUUGCUUCCAAAUACACGACACCCGACUGGCCGGAUAUGCAAAUUUUCUUUUCCGGAUUUCAAGAAUCGUGCCAAUUCGAUUCGCCUGUGGAUCUCGGCUCUGACGGAAGACACAAUUCAAUUCGACUGACCGCAGUCAAUACACACGCUAAAAGUCGAGGAGUCCUGAAAUUAGCGAGCAAGGAUCCCCUCGAACAUCCAUACAUUUGGAGCAACGAUCUCGGCGAUCCGCAAGACAUUGAAGUUCUCAUUGAGGGUAUUCACGUUUUGCAAAAAAUGAUCAAUUCGAGCGCGCUGCGAUCGAAAAACUUAAAGUUGGCAACCAAACCGCGGAAAGAGUGCUCGGAGCAUGAAUUUUUCAGUGACGAUUACUUCAGGUGUGUAGUGCAAUGGGAUACUCGGACUGAAAAUCAUCAAGCUGGCUCGUGUAAAAUGGGUCCUGCCUCCGAUCCAAUGGCGGUUGUCGAUCCUCAGCUACGAGUUCACGGAAUCAAGGGUCUUCGUGUCGCCGACGCUUCAAUCAUGCCCGUCGUUAUUUCGGGCAAUCCUCAUGCCGCUAUCACAAUGAUCGGUGAACGUGCCGCCGAUUUCAUCAAGAAGACAUACAACAAGUGUUCUACGACGUGAAAAUUUGAUGUACGAAUACUUCGGUAUAUCGAUGAUGGCCGAGACAAAAAGUGAAAUAUGUGAGAAAUUGAAAUCGAAGGGUGACGUGCCCGAAAAUCAAUAAACUGCAGAUUCGUAUCUUA